CAACAGACGCUGCUAACGGAGGGAAGCUAACAUGGAGAAAACAGAAGAGGCUCCAGACGGCACAUGUGACAAAGAAUCCACUCAAAGUGUGGUGAGCGAUGCUGCAGGAGACCUUUGUUCCUCAGGCGGAGCAGGUAAUAAGCCGUGUGAGGAAAACGAAGUUCGGUGGAGUAGAAUCAAACUGUUCGAAAAGGCGAUACAGAAGAGCCUGGAUAAGUUCAUUGGCUAUGCCAGUUUUAACAGAUUUGCAAGCACAUUUCGCCCGCUGUACAACAAGAAUCCCCAGAGGAUGGAGAGCAUUCACAAGCAAUUUAUAGAAGUACUGAGGAACACAAUACAGGAGGACAUCAGCAGAUUGAUUGAAGAAGCCAGGUUAAAGGACAAACUCAAUGAGCUGGACAAACUUGACAGCGCUGCUACGAACAACCCCGACCCUGCAUGGCGGCCCAGUGGAGUUCCUGAGGAAGACUUUUGCAGCUUUUUUCUCCCAUAUUAUCAAAAACAGGAGGCCUACCUGCGACGGGAGCUGAAAAACAUAAAAGCAGAGAAUGCUGCCUUGGCACAGAAGGUUCAGACUGGCAGAGAGUGUGUUGAUCAGACAGAACAAAGCAUUUUAUCUGCUGUUGAUGAGUGGAAGGCGUCAGUCACAGACUUUGAAAGGCUGGCAUCUUCUCUCUUCUCAAAUGAUGUCUUCAAAAUUUAAUGUUCAUGUUGUACUUUGCACGUAUGUUUAGUCGUCUUAUUGUACAUAUUUUGCCUGCUAUGUUUGUUAAAUUUUAAAUAAAUGUAAUAAAAGAGCA